AUGACGGCUCAAAUUGCUACCGAGCUUUCUACACUCUCGCAACCGCUUCCUGUCGCAAAAUCAUUCAGCACAAGACGUCCUUCGACCGUUCGCUCAAGCUUACAGGAUCCUAUAAGAGACGAUGAGGCCACUCUACAUCCUCUAGAGCGCACGAUUACUGUGACUUCGAACAGUGAGACCGCUGUUAUCAUUACCAGCGUCACGCUCGUCACAGCCAUCUCUACCCUGCUCAAUGGCCUCACUACCGUCGCUCUUCCAACCAUGGCACGCGAGCUCAGCAUCCCCGACUCUCUGCAACUGUGGCCCACCAGUAUGCAAGCUCUCACAACCGGCUGCACGCUUCUCCUCUCCGGCACUAUCGCCGAUGCACUGGGAUCACGCUUCAUGUACCUCGUUGGCACCGUCCUCCAAGCCGGCACAAUCCUUGGCUGUGGUCUGAGUAAAACUGCUACCCAACUCAUCAUCUUCCGUGGCUUAAGCGGUAUCGCAGUGAGUCUCUGCCUCCCCAGCGCCGUGAGCAUUAUCACCGGGUCAUUCGUCGGCAAACGCCGGGAUAUGGCUUUCGCUUCUAUGGGUGGUGGACAGCCGGUAGGGUUUAGUGUCGGACUUGCACUGGGUGGUAUCCUCACCGAUACUAUAGGGUGGCGGUGGGGUUUCUACCUUGCGGCUAUUUUGGACGCGGUCGUCUUCGCUAUUGCCCUGUGGGGUUUGCCGAAGGAGAUUGAUGAGCGUGGUGGUGGUGGGGAGGAAGGCGGGCCAGCAAGCUCGGGCUGGAGAGAGAAGUUGGGGAGGUUGAAGACGGAGAUUGACUGGGUUGGGGCGGUGAUUGCGAGUUCGAGUUUGGCUAUGUUGAGUUAUGCUUUUGCGGCAAUUACUGGGAGUACGGCGGACAUCCGACAGCCGGCUACGCUGGCAUUGCUCAUUACGGCUAUCGUUCUAGUACCUGUCUUUGUACUCUGGGUUGGGCGGCAAGAACGACUGGGCAAACCGGCUAUCAUUCCGAAUAGUCUCUGGCGAAACAAGAUCUUCACUACGAUCUGUUUGGCUGUCUUCUUGACGUGGGGAUCAUUCAACGCACUCGAGACUAUGUUGACCUUCUACUUUCAGCGAGUACAGGGCUUGAGCGCUAUUCAAAGCUCCAUACGCUUUAUUCCGGCGCCUGUCUCGGGAGCACUCAGUAACAUCGCAAUGGGCUUACUUGUACAUCGCGUGAAAGCGAACUAUCUCGCGCUUGGUGGAUGCAUAUUGAGCAUCGUGGCCCCGUUAGCGAUGGCUUUUUCCAAGCCACAUAGCAACUAUUGGGCGAGUGCCUUCCUCGCCAAUGUCUUCAACCCCGUCGGCGCCGACAGUCUAUUUACUAUAUCGAACCUGCUCAUCACGUCAGUCUUUCCGGCCAAGACACAAGCACUUGCCGGUGGCGUCUUCAACACCAUAUCUCAGGUUGGCAAAGCCGUGGGUUUGGCUUUGGUGGCGGUGAUUGCCUCGAGCGUCACGACUAACUCCGACUAUGUCCUCAAGGACUCUCCAGAUGCUCUGAUGGAGGGAUAUAGAGCUACAUUCUGGUUCGGCUUUGCCAGUGUGGUUGCGACCGUGAUGUUGUCUGCGUGGGGUUUGAGGAGGAUCGGCAAGGUCGGCCAUAAGAGGGACUGA